AUGCUAGCUGAAUUGAAAAUGACAGAAGAAGACCAGGGGAGUCAUUUUGAUGAUCUUGAAGAACAAGAUCCUAUCAAGGUGUCAGUAACUUUCAAGCCACAAGAGCAAGACGUCGAAGAUAGACAAGGCAACUUGAACCGGUCUUGUGAUAAGGACAAGCCUAUCUUACGGGACCCCCACACGAAUGGAGAUGAGUGUAAGGACUUCGAGGGUGAGGAACCUAGCCUGCCCGUCAACCCGCCUGUUACACCUAUUCCGUUGUAUCUGGACGCAGAUAAUGCUAAAAUCGAAGGGGAUACAACUGAACAACAAGAAGUGUUGAAAGUAAGCACGAAAAAAAAUUAAAAUAUUUAAAAAGAAACCUUUGAAAGCAUUCCAAUUCAGCAAGCAUCAUCGACUUCGGCGCGAAAUUUUCAUUCAAGUACAAUUUGGUCGGUAGAUGAGCGAAAAAUUCGUUUGAAACGGCCUGUACAAUAUGCCAAAAGAUACGGAUAACAUUAACACAUAAGCCAUUAAUACAAUAAUAAAAUGUUGCUUCAGAGAAUUGAUCAUCGCAAAUUGCUUCACGCAAAACGAUUUGAUAUAACUCAAAAUUAUCUUUGGAUUUGCCUCACUGAUUGUAGAGACGUUUUGUAAGUGAAGAUUUGAAGAGCAUCGAAACAAAAAAAUAAUGGGGCAGAAACAGAUUAUUUUCAUUUGGACGAGUCAAUAAGGAUAGAAGAUUUGUAAAAUUCUGCUUUAUGUGCUAUUGACUGAACUGAGCAAAGCUAAGCUCAGUUUUUGAAUACUCGUGUGAAAAAACAAAAUCCUGAAUAAAACCACAUGAGGAAAUGAUGAACGAAUCCUGAACACAUCGCAUAAUGUCUGAGUGGACAACUAGUAUAAUCUUUUCUUUGAAUAUUUUGUGUCCCAGAUCACGCGUUUGCUUAGCUUGGAAAAACACUCUCUUAUUUCUUCUUUCUCCAGGGGUGGAAGGGUUACAGUAACAACAUCUAUAUUCGGCCGAUCAUAGUUAACCACGCCUCCUGCGGAGACUGUCAGUGUCCAGCUAAUCAAAAAACACAGCGCAGACUCACAAGCGAGGAUCUACGAAAACAAAUGCGUCUCCGAGAGGCAAACAACUGGAUCAGGAAACACAACGAGAGAAUCCAGAGCACUGGAACGUUACGAUCAAAGACUCAUUCACAUGAACUACACAGACAACAGGAAGCAAAGCAGAUUCAUAAUAAACCAAACAACAACGGCAACACAAAAUAUAAACAAGAAAAGAAAAAAAUCCAUAAAGGAUUUGUUUGCAGGACAUGGGCUUCAAAUUUCUUGUCAAGUGACGCUCAGAAGAGCGAAGAUGACGAGUUCACUCCGUUCUAUGUCCGAAGAUAUGUGGAUAAAUCAAAAUCGGCCCCUCCUGGUAAAGUGAGACGGAAUGCUCCGCUUAUACAAAAACACACAACAUCCUCAGAAGUUUUAUUAACCCAGAGGGAAGUGCAUGAUCAGUCGUCAGAAAAGUCUUCCCAGAGUGAAAUUGAAGUUCAACUGAAAGAGAAACUCUCCCACGAUGAGUCUUAUAACAGGAGAAAUAACGAAAAGCCUAACUCUAACAUUUCCCACGCCCAAAUGUGCUCUUGUGGACAGAUUAUACAUCACGAUAACGACAAGCGCGUUUCUGGAGGAGGUUUUCAAGCCCCGAGGCCCGUUGGAGUUGAGAGAACGCAGAAUUCUAAAUUAAAGUUUUCUAUUGUUCUUCCAAUAAAGCAGUUUCCUCCUAUUAAUCCACUUGAGGAACUGAAGAAACCAAAUUUUCCAACAAGGAAAAAGCUAGGGGUCUCACUAAAUCGCAGACCACACACGGUAGAUACAGCGCUUCUGUCGAGAGGAGUCAUUUUGGUAAAUGGCCAUCACAAUUUACCAAAUUUUAUGGGUGCAGACAAAGCUUUUAAUAGACAGCGUGAUGGUCAAAUCACCUCUAAAUCUUCUUUUGAAAAUCUAAGCAGGGAGAAACAAUUAUUUUCUAGAGGUCGGCAGAAGCAUGAACAUGGGCAAGGCAAAACAUUCGAUGAAUCUAUCGAAUUGGUGCCUUGGGGCUGCGGCAAAACAGUCAAAGAUAUCGGGUCAUCCCAUCAAUGUGUCUUAUAUAAAGACCCAAACAAUCGAGAAAAAUGCGGUCGAAAGUGUUCUACGGGUGAUCCACGAAGAGCGCCGAGGUCUCUCGACGAAAAUGGGAACAAUUUAUAUCGGAACAGUGCGGAUAGUUUAAAAGGACAGCGGCGUUGCGUGAGAACACCGUUACACUCAUUAAAUAGCGAAGAUGACGUCCCCAAAACUGAGUCAAAUGAAACUGGUCUCGGGAGUGAAAUUGAAUAUUCUGUCGAUGGUUUAGCAAAACUGGAUGUUUAUCUUCAACCCAGAGACGUGUGUUUCAAUGAUAAUUAA